AUGAAUGAACAUAGUUUGAAGCCUGUUUUUCGCUGUAUCGAGGAUUGUGAGACUCAAGAAUGGGACCAUCCUUUGCGAGGUCAAGUGAAGUGGUGGGAGCUUAUCAACGGGGAUAUAACAUCAACAACAGGUAUUACAAUGGGUAUUGCAGAGGUGCCGGUAGGAUCGUUACCUCCGAAGCGUGGCCACACUCACGAUGCAGAAGAAGUAUAUUACUUCUUAAGUGGGAUAGGAAGAGUUUAUGUUGAUGGCGUCGAAACUGAUGUCAAAUCAGGUACAUCAGUAUGGGUUCCCGCAAACGCUGAACACUUUUGUCACAAUACGGGCACCGAACCAUUGAAACUCUUGUUUGUAUUUGCACGUGAUAAAUUCAGUGAUGUGCACUAUUGUUUUCCUGGAGAAAUCGAAUCCAAAUCAUAA